AUGCAAAUAAAUGGAAAUGAAAUUGAAGUAAAUAAUGAGGAACUUGGACGAGGGAAACGAAUCAGAAUACCUUGUGUGAAACUUCAAGACUACAUGACUUACAUUGUCCAAACUUUGAGCCCAACUACUCGUUCACUCUCUCCUCGGCCAAACUCAGGUGCGCUCUAUCCUAUAACACAAUAUAUGAGUUGUGACAAGUUUUCUAUGCAGCAUCGCAAGUUCAUUGCAGCCAUGACUAUUGACAAAGAACCCAGGACGUUCUUAGAGGAUGUGAAAGAUGCUAAGUGGUGUUCAGCUAUGCAAGAGGAAAUUCAAGCUCUUGAGGAUAAUCAAACAUGGACAGUAUGUGCUCUUCCAACAAAUAAGAAGGCUUUGGGAUGCAAGUGGGUAUACAAGAUUAACUAUCAUUCUGACGGUCAAAUAGAACGGUAUAAAGCUCACUUAGUCAUUCUUGGAAAUCAUCAAGUUGAAGGAAUCGAUUACACAAAAACAUUCACACUAGUAGCGAAAAUGGUUACAGUCCAAAUUGUUUUGGCUGUUGUUGUUGCAAGAGGGUGGGAACUUCACCAAAUGAAUGUUCAUAAUGUGUUUCUUCAUGACGAGUUACAAGAAGAAGUGUACAUGAAAUUACCUCCUAGUUUCCACGUUUGUCAACCAGAGCAUCCGAGUGUAAUAUCAGUUUUCCUAAACAAAGAACACAAAUUGCACACAACACACUCAUGGAAUUUCCUUGGGUUAGAGAGAAAUGGUGAAUUUUCGCAUGACUCAGUAUGGCGGAAGACAUUGGGUGAAGAUAUCAUAAUUGCAAAUAUAGACACAGGUGUUUGGCCAGAAUCCAAGAGUUUUAGUGAUGAAGGGAUAGGACCCAUCCCAAAACGGUGGCGAGGAAUCUGUCAAAAGAAUAAGAACACUCGAGAUAAAUUCCACUGCAACAGGAAGCUUAUUGGAGCAAGAUAUUUUUACAAAGGUUACGAGGCAAAAUUGGGUCAAAAACUGAAUGAUUCGAUCUUGAGUGCACGUGACUAUGAAGGUCAUGGUUCACACACUUUAUCAACAGCUGGUGGUAACUUUGUCCAUGGAGCUAGUGUUUUUGGCUUUGGCAAUGGAACUGCGAGUGGUGGAUCACCAAAAGCUCGAGUUGCAACCUAUAAGGUGUGUUGGCCACAGUCUGUAUUGUUCGGUGGUGGAUGUUUUGAUGCAGACAUAUUGGCUGCUUUUGAUACUGCCAUAAGUGACGGUGUUGAUGUGCUUUCGGUGUCUUUGGGUUCAUCUGUACCCUCAGAAUAUUCCCAAAACAGUAUAUCCAUAGGGUCUUUCCAUGCAGUUGCUAACGGCGUAAUAGUAGUGGUUUCUGCAGGAAAUGAAGGGCCUUAUCCUUCAACUACAUCCAGCAAUGAACCAUGGACGCUCACUGUUGCUGCAAGCACAACUGACAGAGACUUCGUUAGUUAUGUUACACUUGGUAACAAGAAAGUUCUCAAGGGAGCUAGUCUUUCAGAGUAUGCGUUACCAUCUAAUAAGAUGUACCCGUUGAUCAGUGCUAUUGAUGCCAAAGCUUAUAAUGCAUCUAUUAUAGAAGCACUUUUAUGCAGGAAAGGAACUCUUGAUCCUGAGAAGGUGAAGGGGAAAAUAUUGGUCUGUUUAAGCAAUGGUUUUACAAUUGAUGAGGGGGUGGAAGCUGCCAGUGUAGGCGCAGCUGGAAUGAUUUUGGCUAAUGACAAGUACUCAGGGAAGGAAAUUUCCCCCCAACCCCAUGUGCUUCCAGCUUCAAAUGUUAACUUUGAGGAUGGCAAUGACAUUUAUAAUUACAUCAGAACUACAAAGUCUCCUGUGGCAUACAUUUCAAGGGUGAAAACAGAAUUAGGAGUAAAGCCAGCUCCAUAUGUGGCUUCAUUUUCAUCAAAGGGUCCAAAUCAUUUUGAACCAGCAAUCCUCAAGCCUGAUGUGACUGCACCAGGAGUCAACAUCAUUGCUGCUUAUAGUGAAGCUGUAUCUCUCACAGAGCUAGAUUCUGACAAACGAAGAACGCCUUUCUUUACUUUGUCUGGAACUUCAAUGUCAUGUCCUCAUGUCGCUGGCCUUGCUGGGCUUCUCAAAGCCCUUCAUCCUGAUUGGAGUCCAGCUGCCAUUAAGUCAGCAAUCAUUACCUCAGCAACCACACUAGAUAACUCUAGAAAGCCAAUCCUGGAUGAAUCAUUGAACAAGGCAACUCCAUUUGACUAUGGUGCAGGGCACAUUCAACCUAAUCGUGCUAUGAACCCUGGACUUGUAUAUGACUUGAAUAUUACUGAUUAUUUGAACUUUUUGUGUGGUCGUGGCUACAACAGUUCACAGCUGAAAAUGUUCUACGGCAAGCCUUACACUUGUCCAAAGUCGUUCAAUAUUGCAGAUUUCAAUUAUCCGGCAAUCACAAUUCCAAAAUUUGGCCCUGGACAUUCUAUGAAUAUCACUCGAACUGUUACCAAUGUUGGGUCCCCAAGAACGUACAAGGUGCACAUCAAGGCACCACCACAAGUUCGAGUUUCGGUUGAUCCUAGGGAAUUGAUCUUCAAGGAAAAGGGUGAAAAAAAGGAGUUCAGAGUUACAAUGACAUUGAAGCCGCAAAGUAUGAACACAAGUGAUUACGUAUUCGGGUGGUUGACAUGGAGUGAUGGCAGGCACCAACGUGUCAGGAGUCCUAUUUCAGUUAACCUUACACAAUGAGGUUUAUGUUGAUGCUGCAUUUACCCACCAACUACAUGGAGUGGUCUUCGUCCCUUUUGCAAUAACGGUUUUGUUGAACAUUA